CCGCGAGCUUUGAUAAAGACCCACGACUUCGCCAACUUCAAGUUUCUUGCUCUAUAUCAACUGGCUUUUUCAAGUUGCAUUCUUAUCGUUCCUUUUUGGGGAAAGGGUUCCUACUUCGACCGAUCCACUCUACUAAUCUUCAAAUCCUACGGGAAGUGUUGUACACAUCCUAUCCAUCCCUGCCAUACCACAUUAUCGCAGCUCGACCCUACACUUCUCGAUUCGCGGGAAAUUUACAAUCUAGAUAGACUUGCGUCAUUCCACCCUAGGGUUAUCCGACCUCUACAAAGUCUCAGGCAUUCACUGCAUAUUCUCGCCAUCAUACCGACUAGAAACACACUGCUGGGGCAUCACUGAAAAGGAAAAGAAGAAGAAGAAGAAAAAAAAAAGAUAAAUGUCCACUUACUCCACCCCAUCGACGACCUCCACAACCUCAACCCAGCACAGCGACUACAGCACCCCACCUCCAAGAGACUACUCGGUACCUUCUUUCCGCAGCAUGAGUUCAUCAAGACGUAUCACCACGGCCGAGAAACAGCAACUCCUCCACUCCCUCUCAACGCACAAAGUAAACACCAUCAACGAACUCCGGCGUAUCGAGCGCGCUUUCGCGGUCCUAGGGGACGAGGAGUGCGCCGUCGCCAUGACUGCUGCUUGGUCUUACUACGUCAACUCAAACUCGCUCCUCGCGGAGCUUCGGGCUUUGAGUCGUGAUUAUCCUUUUAGCGUCGAGUGCCUCGAAGAAGCAAAACGCCGUGUAUACACAGACCCAGCAUCGAACCGAAGCUGGAACCUCUGUUGGUUGAUUCUUCAAAAGAUACGCACAGAUAACUUGAUACCGUACUUUUCACACCUCCAGGCGUCGCAGCCUGCUAUGUGGGCUUCUUCCACUCCCGGCGGCUACGGCCACGGCCACAGUUUGAGGGUUUCGGAGGAGCAGGUAGGUAGAUUAGCACAGGCUUUUGUGCGGGAGUGGGAAAGUGCUGUAGGGAUUUUGUUGAGGGGAUGGGAGGGGGGUGAGCCUGUGCGUUAG